AUGUUGAAAAAGGAGAACAGUGGGGGUUUUGAUGGCAGUAGCAACAACUGGUCAAGGGUGUGUGACAGUUGCCGUUCCACCGCAUGUACCGUUUACUGCAGGGAAGAUUCCACCUUCUUGUGUGCCGGCUGUGACUCCCGCAUGCAUGCAGCAAAUCUGUUGGCUUCUCGUCACGAGCGUGUGUGGGUUUGCGAGGCCUGCGGACGUGCCCCUGCAGCCUUUCUUUGCAAGGCAGAUGCUGCCUCACUCUGUGCCUCCUGCGACGCUGGCAUCCACUCUGCCAACCCCUUGGCGCGCCGUCACCACCGUGUCCCAAUUAUGCCCAUUUUAGGAACCCUUUAUGGUCCUCCAGCUGUCGAAACUGUUGGCAGUGGUUCUAUGAUGAUUGGUGGGCCCACAGGGGAAAGCACGGAGGAUUAUGGGUUCUUGUGUUUUACUCAAAAUGCAGAUGAUAUGACUGUAGAUGAAGAUGAUGAAGAUGAAGCAGCUUCAUGGUUGUUGCUGAAUCCUCCUGUUAAGAAGAACAAUAAGAACUUUGACAAUGACCACAAUAAUCAAAAUAACAACUAUGGGAUGUUGUUUGGUAGGGAAGUAGUGGAUGACUACUUGGAUCUAGCGGAGUAUGGAGGGGUUAGUCAAUUUAACGAUCAGUACAGUGUUAAUCAGCAGCAACAACAUUACUCUGUUCCUCAGAAGAGCUACCGUGGAGAUAGUGUUGUGCCAGUUCAGGAAGGACAGGGAAAAUCUCUGAUUCUCUACCACCAACAGCAGCAACAACAAAGUCACCACCUAAAUUUUCAGCUGGGAAUGGAGUAUGACAAUUAUAACACUAGAUAUGGUUACCCUGCUACUAUGAGUCACAGUGUUUCCAUUUCGUCGAUGGAUGUCAGUGUUGUCCCAGAAUCUGCACUAAGUGAAACUUCAAACUCCCACCCACGACCUCCAAAAGGGAACAUUGACCUUUUCUCAGGCCCUCCAAUUCAGAUACCUCCCCAGCUUACUCCAAUGGACAGAGAAGCCAGAGUCCUGAGGUACAGAGAGAAGAAGAAGAACCGUAAAUUCGAGAAAACCAUAAGGUAUGCUUCAAGAAAAGUCUAUGCAGAAACAAGGCCAAGAAUCAAAGGCCGAUUCGCGAAAAGAACAGACGUCACUGAAGCAGACCAGAUGCUUUCCACACAAUUAAUGGCAGAUAGAAUUUAUGGAAUUGUUCCUUCAUAG